CCAGGUGGGCACAGCGAUACUCCGCAACUGCUGGAAACAAACUGUGUUUACUUGUGCGGACGGAAGCCGAGCGGCUGCUGGUUUUUGGUGGGAGAUAUGGCGUUGACUCUGCUAAGCGAAGGGUCCGUGGCUGAAGAGGCAGCGGGACCGGCCGAGGAAGUGGAGGAUAAAGUAGCGGCGGCAGCCGCCACGCUGGAGACGCCUGGUUGCUCCGGGGCGGGUGCUCGUUACGAACAGGGGAGCCGCUCUGAAUCCAGCUGUGGAGGUAACGAAGAGAUGGAGGAUGAGGAAGAGGUGAUGGAGGAAGGGACUGCAGGAGGGGGAGCCGCAGCUCUCUUCGGAGGAUUUGGCACGGAAGAGGGCGAAACGGAUUGCGACGAGGAGGACGAGCGCAUGAUUAAUCUUUCUGAACUGGUACCAUAUAUCAUGUGUUCCAUCUGCAAGGGGUAUUUCAUAGAUGCCACAACCAUCACAGAAUGUCUUCACACAUUUUGUAAAAGCUGCAUAGUAAGACAUUUUUACUACAGUAACAGAUGUCCAAAAUGCAACAUUGUAGUACAUCAGACACAGCCGCUUUAUAAUAUCAGACUAGAUCGACAAUUACAAGACAUAGUAUAUAAAUUAGUUGUCAACUUGGAAGAAAGAGAAAAAAAGAGAAUGCAUGAUUUUUACAGAGAAAGAGGCUUAGAAAUACCCAAGCUUGCUGCACCCCAGCCAAUGCCCUUGGGGAGGGGGAGACCCCGCAAGGCUGUAGGAUCUGUAUUCCGUAUUCCUCCAGAACUUGACAUGUCACUUCUUCUGGAAUUUAUUGGCCACUGGAAAAGAAGUUUGUACGUGUUUCAGGAGAGGCAACAAUUGGACAUGUGGAAAAAUUCCUCAGAAGAAAGAUGGAUCUUGAUCCUGGCUGUCAGGUUGACAUAAUAUGUGGUGAUCACUUGCUGGAACAGUAUCAGACUCUAAGGGAAAUCCAAAAUGCUCUAGGGAAGAGUGCAGUGCAG